AUGGCGGAGCCCGAGGCGGCUCCGGCCCCGCCGACAGGCGCGGCCGAGCCCGCUAAAGGCGCGGCAGAGACCGCUGCGCCGGCCAAGCCCGAGAGGGCCGCCCCGGCGGCCGCUGGCUUUGGUGGGCGCAUUUUGCCCUACGUGCUGGUCUGGUUGGCCGUCGCGUACGGCCGCGACAUGCUCGCGGGCCCGCAGCAGGUCGAGAAGGCGCCGGAGGCUCCCAGCGCCGCGCGCGCGCCACCGAUCCACCAUCGCGACGCCGCCGACGAGGAGUUUGCGGAGUUCGCGAGCGCUGAAGCGGCGCCUGCGGAAGCCAAGCCCGUCGAGACCGCGAAGCCCGUCGAGGCGGUGCCCGCCGUGCCGCGCUCGGCCGCCACAAACGUCCUGGUGCGGCUCUGCACGAGCUGAGGCACGCAGAGGAACUACCUGCAACUCAGGCAGUUCCUCGAAGACGCGUACCCGCAGAUAACCACCAUCGACGCGGAGCAGUACCCCCCGCCCCCCGUCGGCCUCUUCGCCCAGCAGAUCGCGGGCAUGGCCCAAAUCGCCACGUUAGCGCUGAUGAUCGGCGGCGAAGGCGUCUUCCGCCUCUUCGGCGCGCCCACACCAAAUUGGUACGGCGGCUUCAAGGAGAACAAGAUGUUCGCCUUCGGCUGCGUUUGGAUGGCCAACAACGUCGCGGCCGGCAUGGUCGCCACGGGCGCCUUCGAGAUCGUCGUGGGCGACCGCACGAUCUACUCGAAGCUCGAGACCGGCCGCCUGCCGAACGCCAAGGACGUCAUCGACGGCCUGCGGCGCGUCGGCCUGACGACGCCGCUCGAGGCCAAGUACCUCGGCACGGCGCCGCGCAGUGAGCUCUAG